AUGGGUUGUGGCUCGUCUGGCCAAGUGGUAGCGCCGUCUGAGAAUGGCCACAAGGCGAAUGGCAAAGACAAGGUGGCUAGCGAGGCGAACGGGGCUAAUGGUGGUAGCCGCCACCACGAAGACAACUUGCCGACUGUUGUACUGCCUGAAACACCAGUCAAACCUAGACCACCGAUCGCAUUUGAAAUACCCAUAGAAGAGUUUGACAGCAGCCGCAAGGUGACUACCCCGCCGCCACACCUCCAGAGACUCUUGCAGCCUCCGCCAGCUGACAUCAAGCUGCCCGAUAUCAGGGAGAAGUUGGCUGAAGCUGAGCAGAGGAGACUAUCGAUCUUGCAACAGAGGGCCGCGUCCGCACAAAAGAGAGCUCAAAGAAUAACGAAGUCUUAUAACGAACCUGCGAAAAUUAAUGACGAUUUUCUGGGAGCUGACGAGAGCAAACAUGGUUCCAACGUUGUUACGAUUUCUCCAGAGCCGGGCGUUUGCGAAGACAAAAAUAUAUAA